GAAGACGAUGAAGAAGAGGAUGCAGAAGAGGGAGAGAAGGCAGAGGAAAGGGAAGAGGAUAAAAAGGGAGAAGAAAGUGAGAAAAACACCAAGGAAGAAGAAGCCAAGUAUGGGGUGGAAGAAGAUGAAGAGGAUAAAGAAAAGGAUGAUGACAACACCUCAGAGGGGAUGCCGGCUGUCAGUCAAGAGAAAAGGAAUUCAACUUCAGGCCCGGAAGGAGCACCGAAUAAGACGAACACCGAAGGCACUCAAACGCCUGGCGACAUUGACGGCAGCACCGCUGUCUCCCACACCACCUCCCCUCUUUUGCUUCUUGUUGUUGUUUCGGCUGCUGCUGCGGUGGUGGCCGCGUGA